UUACCCCCGAAUUCAGGCUCCCCAGAGUGCCUUUCACACGCGAAGCAGUGGCUAUCGUCUUGUCAAGCCGGCCACUCAGACUGUCAUCGUGCCAACGAGAACCAUGCACAACUCCCCACUCGGGUUCUUCGAGUUGGUAGCGAUGGAGAAGAUGCGAGUUUGUAUGAAAGCAGAGGCGAGACAGGUCGUUGGGCAACACUAAGCUAUUGUUGGGGCAAUGGUCCUAAGCUCAUUCUGACCAAAGAGACUCACUCAGAUAUGAUGAGGGGAUAUCCGUCGGAAGACUUUCCUGCAACAAUUCGCGACGCUAUUAUCACAACUAGUGCUCUGGGUAUCCCGUAUCUAUGGGUUGACGCACUGUGUAUUAUGCAGGAUUCCAAGAGCGAUUGGGAACAAGAGGCUCCGAAAAUGUCGCAAAUAUACACCAAUGCAGUUUUAACAAUUAUCAAUGCGAAUGCGACAGCGGCAACCUCGGGUAUCUUUCGUGAUCGUGACCGGUUCGGCAAUGGAGAAUACCGAGGACCAACUUGCAGUUUACCAUGGAGACGCACUGCUAGCAAGGAAUAUAUAGCUUCGCAAAAUGAAUCCAGUCUUGCGUUGGAGUCUAUUGUUAUCCGCGGAGGGAGAAGCUCAAAGACCGACUGGCAAGGCCCCGGACCGGAUAAUCUUACCUCUCCUUGGGCGACUCGAGGCUGGACAUUACAAGAAGAAUUAUUGUCCUGGCGCACGUUAACAUUCAUGGAAAAGGAAUUGCUAUGGGGUUGCCCUUCAACCCAACGUGUGAAGCCUAAUCUGGGCCAUGUCAGAUUAUUGCCGAACAAGAACGGCUUGAGUCUUUCCACUUCGCUCCCAGGUCUACGCACACUGAGUACACCGGAAAUAUACACCGCUUGGUACACCAUGGCGGAGAAUUAUUCCAAGCGAAAAUUGACCAAGGAUACGGACAAACUCAUGGCAAUCGUGGGUCUCGCAAAAGAUGCGCAGAACUACAUUACAGACACGUACUGCGCAGGAUUGUGGCUUAACGAUCUCAUUGCCGGGCUUGUGUGGAAAUUCGAUGCGGAAUCCUGGUCGGACACAGAAGAAUACGAAGUUCCACCAGGCUCAAAACUGCCGACGUGGGGUUAUGGACGUCUCAAGGCCAAUUCAGACUCGAGAUUGCCAUCUUGGAGCUGGGCUAGUAUUAAUAAUGAAGUUUACUGGGCAUUUAAAGAGCAAUCUGCAGAAAAAGGGACUGCGCGGUACACAGAAGUAGCACAUGUCGAAGAGAGGAAGAUAGUGUAUGCCUCCGACAGCCCAUACGGUCCAGUAGAAACUUGCAAUCUUGUGCUGAGGGGGCCAACAUAUAGCUGGUCUGCAGCUGAGACAGAUUUUAACCAGACUAGGCCGAAAUUGUAUCACGAUGUGAUUCGACAUUUGAAGAACGACGGCGAAUAUCAAGCACGCCACAAAGAGCACGUGAAUCAAACCAUUUUGGUCCUGCAGCUUGCUUGGAUCGAGGAGCUGGUUCGAACAUACAAAAAGGGCGAAGAUGACACAACUAGGUUGACCUGUGCACUUCUCGUUUUGGAGACUGUGGAGGAGCAAGAGCCAGAAGCGCUGAUAAAUGGCGCGGAAAUUUAUCGGAGAGUAUCUCAGUUGUACUCUGGAGAUGUGACAAAUGAAAAAGCAGUGCGAGAGGCUGAAUGGGGGAUGAAAAGUGUCAGAAUAAUCUGA